UCGCUAUUCAACUUUCUCGGCCGAUGGAGCGGAUGCGGACCCGACCUCUCUCGACAACCUAACUUGAUUUAGGUCUCCUACCUUCGCCGAGGCGUCUUCCAAGCAGCAUCAAACACCAUAAUACUAGUGCCAUCACCUCUCGGAAUCACCAAUACGGCUGAACCUCUUUUUCGCGAGCAUUGGACUUGUCUAUUUUACAUGAUUAUAGCGUAGAUCACCAAUUCCGUGCAAAUAUAUUAACCACACGAGGUUAACCUAAUUCCCUCGCUCUUUCCCACUUCUCCUGUUUUCACGUCUCUCCUGUCGUAAUAUUUUGCGUCAUGGAGCCAGAACCCAUUCCAGGUCCCCCUGGGCUUCCCUUUGUGGGAAAUGUAUCAGAUAUUGAUCCAGAAAAUCCGCUGCAAUCUUUGAUGAACUUGUCUGAUAUCUACGGCUCUAUCUGGAAAUUCCAACUUGGAGGCGCUGCUCGGGUCGUGGUUGCAUCUCAGGCAUUGAUGAACGAAAUCACCGAUGAAACCAGAUUCUCCAAGAUUGUUUCGGCAUCUCUCAAGGAAGUACGAAAUGGAGCCCAUGACGGAUUAUUCACUGCAUAUGGGACUGAGGAGAAGGAUUGGGGGAUUGCCCAUCGAAUUCUCCUGCCGGUAUUUGGACCGCUCACCAUUAGAGCUAUGUUUGAUGAAAUGCAUGACAUUGCCUCUCAGCUGGUCAUGAAAUGGGCUCGACAUGGGCCUGAUCAUAUCAUCCAAGUGACUGACGAUUUCACGAGACUGACGCUAGAUACAAUAGCACUCUGUGCGAUGGAUUAUCGAUUCAACUCUUACUACUCUGAAGAGGUCCACCCAUUCAUCCAAGCAAUGGCUGACUUUCUGAAAGCCUCAGGAGACCGAGCAAGACGAGGUGCAAUUGCACAAAUGUUUUACCGACAGGAGUCCCAGAAGUACUGGGAGAACAUCGAACUGCUCCGAAAGACUAGUCAGGAGGUCAUCAAAACGAGAAAAGAACAUCCGUCUGAUAAAAGAGAUUUGCUUAACGCGAUGCUAAAUGGCGUCGACCCGAAAACCGGCGAGAAGAUGACCGAUGAUAGCGUGAUCGACAAUAUGAUCACGUUCUUGAUCGCCGGUCACGAAACCACAUCCGGACUCUUGUCGUUCGUAUUCUACUACCUUUUGAAGAAUCCGAGUGCGUAUGAUACAGUGCAGCAGGAGGUAGAUGAAGUUAUUGGGAAGAACCCGAUCACGGUUGAGCAUCUCUCGAAGCUCCCAUACCUGAACGCUGUGCUUCGGGAAACUCUUCGACUUUCGCCCACUGCACCAUCUAUUGGGCUUCAGGCGAAAGAGGAUACCACCAUCGCUGGUAAAUACCAUGUGAGCAAGGGUACCCCUAUUAUCGCUCUGUUCUCGAAGAUCCAUCGCGAUCCUGUUGUUUAUGGUGAAGAUAAUGAAGAGUUCCGCCCCGAGAGGAUGCUGGAUGCCGAGUUUGACCGUCUCAACAAGGAGUUUCCUAACUGUUGGAAGCCGUUCGGUAAUGGAAUGAGAGCGUGUAUCGGGCGGCCAUUUGCAUGGCAAGAGGCUCUUCUGGUCACAGCCAUGCUUCUUCAGAACUUCAACUUCACCAUGGAAGAUCCAUCCUACCAGCUGCAGGUCAAACAAACGCUCACCAUCAAGCCGAAAGGGUUUUACAUGCGUGCACAUUUACGAAAUCACAUGUCAGCAACAACGCUUGAGCGAGCUUUAGCAUCAACGUCAAUCAGUGAGGCAGCCUUAGCAAAGACUGAGCCACAGGAGCUAUCAAAGAAAAGCACCAUAAAAGGGAAGUCCAUGGUAAUAUACUAUGGGUCAAAUACUGGAACAUGUGAGGCGCUUGCUCAAAGGCUUGCCGCCGAUGCCUCUGACCAUGGCUUCAAGGCGGAUAUUGUCGAUACGCUGGACUCGGCCAAAGAAACCCUCCCAACAGACAGGCCGGUCGCAAUUGUUACAGCCUCCUAUGAGGGGCAGCCGGCAGAUAAUGCUGCGCAUUUCGUGAACUGGCUCGGCGGGUUGAAAGGGUCUGAAUUGGCCAACGUUUGUUUCGCCGUCUUUGGCUGUGGUCACCGGGAUUGGGCGAAAACGUUCCAUAGAAUUCCGAAAUACCUCAACAACGUUAUGGAGAAGAGGGGCGGCACAAGAAUUGCACCGCUAGGGACGGCUGACGCGGCAGGUGGCGACAUUUUUACCGAGUUUGAGAACUGGGAAGACCAAGUGUUCUGGCCUGCUAUGCGGGAGAAAUAUCGAUCUUUGGAUACCCCAGGAGCUUCGGCCUACGAAACGAACCUACAGGUUGAGAUCUCCACCCCUCGGUCUUCUAACUUGCGCCAGGACGUACGAGAAGCUCGAGUCGAGGAGGUAACAGUCCUAUCGGCACCUGGAGUCCCGGAAAAGAGACACAUAGAAAUCAGCCUACCAACGGACAUGACCUAUUCCGCAGGAGACUACCUUGCAAUCUUGCCUAUCAAUCCGAAGCAAAGUGUGAGCCGGGCCAUGAGGUAUUUCGGGCUGGCAUGGGAUAGCAUGUUGACCAUUUCAUCUGCUGGCCCGACUACGCUUCCCACAAAUGCUCCGAUAUCCGCAAGCGAUGUAUUUGGGGCGUAUGUCGAGCUCGGUCAGCCUGCCAGCAAACGCAACAUCCUCGCUUUGAUAGAGGCUACUCAAGAUGAAGGAAGUACGAAAGACCUUGCUCGAUUGGCGGACGUCGACUUCGCAACUGAGAUUACGGCAAAACGUGUCUCGGUUCUUGACCUUCUUGAACGCUUUCCGUCUGUCCAUCUACCGCUAGGACCUUUCUUGAAGAUGCUGCCUCCCAUGCGAGUGCGUCAGUACUCGAUAUCAUCUUCACCGCUGUGGAAUCCAAGCAAUGUCACCCUUACGUACUCCGUCGUAGAUCAACCAGCUCUGAGUGGACAUGGACGCUUCGUCGGGGUAGCAUCAAGCUAUCUUUCAAGCCUCGCGCCAGGGGACAAACUCCAUGUUGCUGUUCGAACCUCUCAUCAAGCCUUCCACCUGCCGAAGGACACUAGGAACGUUCCCGUCAUCAUGAUGGCAGCUGGAACAGGUCUCGCUCCUUUCCGGGGCUUCAUCCAAGAGCGCGCCGCGCAACUCGCCGCAGGCCGAUCUCUCGCGCCAGCACUUCUCUUCUACGGCUGCCACUCUCCUGACACUGACGCACUUUACUCAGAGCUCCUCAGCCGUUGGGAGAAUCUCGGCGCGGUCUCUGUCCGUUAUUCUUACUCCCGUACCCCAGAGAAGUCCGAGGGAUGCAGGUACGUGCAAGAUAGACUGUAUCAUGACCGCAAGGAGGUGGUAGAGCUGUUUGAAGCAGGCGCGAAAGUGUUUGUUUGUGGGGGUAGGGAAGUAGGUGAAGGGGUACAGGAGACUUGUAUUAGAAUUACGAGAGAGAGGAGUAUGGAGGUGCAGGGACGGGAUGUUUCGGAGGAAAAGGCAAGGGAGUGGUUUGAGGGGUUGAGGAAUGAAAGGUUUGCUACGGAUGUUUUUGCGUAGACUGGAUUGGAGAGUUUAGGAUAGAUGUUGGGAGUGGAUGGGUAUGGUGACUUAAGGGCUGUGCCCGGUAGCCAGAUGCUGAAGCUGUGUGUAGUUGCGAAGCGAGGUCUAUUUUGCAAUCUCGAUAUCCGGAGCCAGUGUGUGACGACAAAUUACCUCUCCUUCUGAUCUCAAAUAUCUGUUCCUAAACGUGUAAAAUCGUC